AUGUUUGGUCAGUUAACACGCGGUGCAAUGGCGCUUCCUGCUGUUCGCCCUCUGGCACUUGCCACGUCUGCUGUCAGCAUGCGAACGCCAGGUCUGAUUGCUAAUGCUCACUCCAAAGCUUCUGGCGACGACAAAGUCAAGCGGAAGAAGAAGGAUCCCAAUGCCCCGAAACGAGCCUCUUCUGCCUACAUGUUUUUUGUCAAGGCCAAUCGCGACGAAGUUCUCAGUGAGAACCCCGGCAUAACGUUCGGAGAAACUGGCAGAGCUCUUGGCAAGAAAUGGAACAAUCUCAGCAGCGCCGAAAAAGCUCCCUACGAGGAAAAGGCAAACGAAGACAAGAUCCGUUACCAAGAAGCCAAAGCUGCCUACGACGCCAGCAAAGCCUAA